AUGAUUUACGGUGCACAACAUGAUGACACUGUUUGGAAAAGGAUUUGUUUAGCGAUUGAUAAUACAGAUGUAUCGAAAACAAAAUAUGUUGUCAAAAUAAUUGAUCUUGAUAAAAUGGCAAAUUUCACCAAAUAUAUUUCACAAUAUGAUGAUCAUACAAUGCCAAUAAAUCAACAGACAAACACCGAUGAACAAAUACCAUUAGUUAAAUUCAAUGCUGACGAAGAUGAUGAUGAAUUAUUUACAAUAAAAGGACCGGAAAAAAAUGACGAUAGGUCGAAUAUAGGUGAAAUUUUUGGCUAUUUGGGCAUGGUUUAUGCUAUAAUUUCUAUUGGAUUACUUGGUUUUAUUGUUUGGACUCAUCAUAUAUUUACUGUUGGUAUGGAUGUUGAUACUCGUGCUUAUUUUACUGUGGUUACUAUGGCUAUUGCUGUUCCAACUGGUAUUAAAAUUUUUAGUUGA